GUAUCAGCGGUAGUAGAGGGCUUGUGUGCCAGCCGAUCGCGCGGAGCACGCACGCGUGUCCCCGAGGUUUUCUCUCGCUCGACCGUACAACCACAGCUUUGUCGGGUGUAUGCGCACGUAAUAUCUUGGCGAAUUGUAUACGUCAUUGUUCAAUUGCUGGUUGUUUGUUUGUGUCCUUGUCGAGGGGAAAAAUCCUGCGCUAAAUCGCAAAGAUUCGGGAGGAGGUGGUGUAUCGAAAAGUGUGCGCGUGCGAUCGACCUCUCUCGCAGUAGCUUCCGCUCUCCGGGUGUGCUCGGCCUUAUCGCGGUUGUCAGUGCGAGGGAAACAAACGAGCGGGUUUCGGCUCGGGGGGAGGAAGGAUAGUCGCUCCCCUGUUGGCUCGGGGAGAAAGAGCAGAAAGGAAGUAGAGGAGUCGCAUUGUCGAGGGGUCGGAUCGGGGUACAGCCAUGGCGAACAACGAGGAAAACAAUCAGGAGGACUCUUUGGGGCCGAACGACGCGAGCACCGCCUUCGCGAAGAAGCUGCGCGGUCGUAAGGGCGCCCUCAAAAAGAAGAAUGUCUACAUCGUCAAGAACCACAAGUUCAUGCCCCGGUUCUUCAGGCAGCCGACCUUCUGUAGCCACUGCAAGGAUUUCAUAUGGGGCUUCGGAAAGCAGGGUUACCAGUGCCAAGUAUGCAGCUUCGUGGUACACAAGCGAUGCCACGAGUACGUGUCGUUCCAGUGCCCGGGUGCCGACAAAGGAGUCGAUUCCGAUGCCGUGAACGUGCCGCACAAAUGGGAAACGUUCUCAUACAUCACGCCAACCUUCUGCGACCACUGCGGCUCGAUGCUUCACGGCAUUACGAAUCAGGGACUCAAGUGCAAAGCAUGUGACAUGAACGUACACAAACGAUGCGAGCCCAGUGUACCGAAUCUCUGCGGAUGCGACCACACGGAAAGACGAGGCCGUUUGGAGGUCAACCUCUCAAUCAGUGGGAACAAGCUAUCAGUCGAAAUCAUACAAGGUCGGAACCUCAUUCCCAUGGAUCCAAACGGAUUGUCGGACCCGUACGUGAAGUUGAAACUGAUCCCGGACGGCGAGAACAUAAAAAAAAAGACAAAGACCAUCAAGUCGUCCUUGAACCCCGAAUGGAACGAGACGAUUGUCGUCGACCUGAAGCCCGACGACAAGGACAGGCGAAUACUGCUCGAGGUCUGGGAUUGGGAUCGGACGUCGCGCAACGACUUCAUGGGCUCUCUGUCCUUCGGGAUAUCCGAGCUGAUGAAGGCCCCGGCCAAGGGCUGGUUCAAACUCCUGACCCAGGAGGAGGGCGAGUUUUACAACGUCCCGGUCGCCGAGGAGGGCGUCGACCUGUCCGAGCUCAAGUCCAAGAUGAAGGUACGAACGAAAUCGGCCUCGGUUGUGAAAAAGCCGCCACCGUCGCACGACAAGGAGGUGCCGCACAACAUGGGCAAGAGCGAUCUCAUCCGCGCUUCGGACUUCAACUUCCUGCAGGUGCUCGGCAAGGGGAGCUUCGGCAAGGUGCUACUGGCGGAGCGCAAGGGCACCGACGAGCUGUACGCCAUCAAGAUCCUCAAGAAGGACAUCAUCAUCCAGGACGACGACAUCGAGUGCACGAUGGUCGAGAAGCGCGUGCUCGCGCUCUCGCACAAGCCGCCUUUCCUCGUCAGGCUGCACUCCUGCUUCCAGACUAUGGACCGGCUAUUCUUCGUGAUGGAGUACGUGAACGGUGGCGAUCUGAUGUUCCAAAUCCAGCAGUGCGGCAAAUUCAAGGAGCCCGUGGCCGUAUUCUACUCGGCCGAAAUAGCGGUGGGGCUGUUCUUCCUGCACUCGCGCGGCGUCAUCUACCGCGACCUGAAGCUCGACAACGUCAUGCUCGACCAGGACGGUCACAUAAAGAUCGCGGACUUUGGUAUGUGCAAGGAGGGCAUCAACGGUGACAAAACGACCAAGACCUUCUGCGGCACGCCCGACUACAUUGCGCCCGAGAUAAUCUUGUAUCAACCCUACGGCAAAUCCGUCGACUGGUGGGCUUACGGAGUGCUGCUCUACGAGAUGCUGGUCGGCCAGCCACCCUUCGACGGUGAGGAUGAGGAGGAGCUAUUUGCUGCCAUCACCGAUCAGAACAUCAGUUAUCCGAAGAGCCUGUCCAAGGAAGCCAAGGAGGCGAGCAAGGGGUUCCUAACAAAGAACCCGAGCAAAAGACUGGGCUGUGGUUCCCAUGGUGAGGAAGACGUGCGCACCCACGCGUUCUUCCGGCGAAUCGACUGGGACAAGCUUGAGAAUCGUGAGGUCCAGCCACCCUUCAAGCCUAAGAUCAAACAUCGAAGAGACGUCGGCAACUUCGACAAGCAAUUCACAUCCGAGAAGACGGACCUCACGCCAACGGACAAGCUCUUCAUGAUGAACCUCGACCAAACGGAAUUCCUCGGUUUUUCGUUCCUGAACCCCGAAUUCGUUCAGUACAUCUAAGCUGCUUGCGCGGUUCGCCACCCAUUUUUUCUAAACCCAAAAGCUUACACCCUCACUCCUUCGAUGCCAAAAGGAAAGUCGAAGCAUCACGAGCAGACCAAAAUCAUGGAAAUCGGUGUGCUUUCCCUUUCACCCCUUCCCACCCACCCCACUGUUGGUUGUACUGUCGACUUUCGUAUUGCAGACCAAUACCUUUUAUGUAUCUCUAUACUUGAACGUAUACCGCAGAGAUGAGCAGUUGAACGGUGACUACGAAGAUCGGUGUCGCUAGAGUUUUCUCUCUCGCGUGUGUAGAGAAAGACACGCGAAAAUCGUUACAGUAUCCGAAUUCAAUCGAUGUUUAAAUACAAUAAUGCGUGCACAACAAAUGACGAGUACACGUGUGAUUAUUGAAUAAUAUUGCAUGGCGCCGAGCGCAAUUUUUCUCUAUGUAUAUUGUCUAUCUCUCGUUCCGCCUCGUUUUCUCGAGAUAUUUCAAACGGCGAGGCUUUCUCGGUGUCAUUUGAAUGGGAUACGUGCGCAUUAUGAUCACGCAAACAAUACGGAAAGAGAGGGACGAUGACGAGUGGAGGAAAAAUUAGUGGCGCGAGCUUUGAUCGUAUUAAAAACGACGCGAAUCGGACAUCAGGGAUCAAUUUGUUUUUGUAUCUCCUGUAUGGGGAUAAUUGUGUUUUUAUUUAUUCAUGCGACAAGACGAAGGACAUAGAGAAUUGUCGAGUGGGAUCGUUAAGUUUACAAGUCGAAAGGGUACGUUGAAACGUGAUUCUCGGGUAGAUGUAAUUUUAAGCGGAUCAAAUGCAUUUACUUCAGUAGCUUCUACUGUCGCCUUCCAAAGUUAUCAUAUAUUAUAAAAUAAUAUCGAAUGAAUGAUUGACGAAACAUAUUAUAUUGCAAGUAAAAUAAAAAAAAAUACAAAAAAUACAAAAAAAAA